AUGCACUGCCACGCCGAGCUGAGGCUGAGCACGCCCGGCCAGCUCAAAGCAGCCAGGCGGCGCUACAAGACCUUCAUGAUCGACGAGAUCCUCUCCAAGGAGACCUGCGACUACUUCGAAAAACUUUCCCUCUACUCCGUGUGGCCGUCGCUGGUCGUGCGCCCCAAGCCCUUGCAUUCCUGUACAGGCUCCUCUUCCCUUCGGGCAUAUCCGCUGCUCUCGGUGAUCACUCGGCAGCCCACGGUCAUCUCCCACCUGGUCCCCGCCAGCCCAGGAAUCUCCCAGGCACUGUCACGCCACCCCACCGAGGCCGCGUGUGCAGAGGCCCCCGGCGCCGAGGCUGUGGCCAGCAGUGAGUCGGAGACAGAGCAGCCCACGGCCCGCCAGAAGAAGGCCCGCCGGAGCCGCACCAUCUUCACCGAGCUGCAGCUCAUGGGCCUGGAGAAGAAGUUCCAGAAGCAGAAAUACCUGUCCACCCCCGACAGGUUGGACUUGGCGCAGUCUCUGGGACUCACUCAGCUGCAGGUGAAGACGUGGUAUCAGAAUCGCAGGAUGAAGUGGAAGAAAAUGGUUCUCAAAGGUGGACAGGAGGCGCCCACCAAGCCCAAAGGCCGGCCCAAGAAGAACUCGAUCCCCACCUCAGAAGAGAUUGAAGCGGAAGAGAAGAUGAACAGCCAGGCCCAGAGCCAGGAGUGCCCCACACCCCCCCAGGGACAGCAGGAGCUCGGAGCACAGGACCCAAGCACAGGCGAUGUGCCCUUGGAGGCAGCCAGGCCUCCAGGCCAGCCCCAGCAGUUACCAGCGGCCUCUUUGGAACCCCCACCACUAAGCUAAAAUGAAACUCUUUCAGGGCAAGGGGAGAUUGGGGAGCACAGGAAAGAGAGCAGGCAGGGCAGACUUCGGAUGGCCGGUCAACACUGAGAGGUCAGCUGCCUCCUUCCCUCCCACAGUUCCCAGUGGCGUUUUCAGUGCAAGCAUUUGACAAAGACUUGCUUAUCUUAGGCCUUCUCUUCCUAAAAGGCUGUAUUAGCCACUGGUGGGGCUGGAAACGGAAGUCUGUCUGUGCCACAAUCCUACCCCGGCCAGCAGGGCGGUGCUCCAGCCUCCCCCACUAGCUUUGGUCUCCAGUCCUUGAUGCAGAGAGCUAAGGGGCGGCAUGCCCAGAGGCCUGCUGACUCAGCACUUAUUUCUGUAGUUUUAAAAAAGAAUUUAAUG